AACUGCUACCAACUGAAGAACAUCUGUUUUGUUUUCGGACGAAAAAUCAGACAUUUUCAUUUCAUAGGUAAAUAAAUGAGAUUUACGAAUGUGUAUACAUUUCAUCAUAACGACCGUUUGCUCACUCUCAAGUGCAUAAGAUUUCCGUUUUAAUAUUCCUUAUAGUGAUUACUAGGUAUACGUUUUAGCUGUGUUGGAUAACAAGUAAAGUGAACAAAGUUAUGGAUCAAGAGAGACCAGAAAGCAGUUCGAAUCACGGAAAGAGGACACGACCUUUGCUACUUCAGCCAAGUCCGAAGAUCGCUAGAUUAUCAGCUUACGCGAGCUCCACGUCUAGUGGUGUGCUAAAGAACUCCAAAAAGUUUGGUCCUCAUUCUCCUAAGAGGGCGAAAGUUUCGUAUGACAAGAGUGAUGUGCCAGCACCUGGUACUCCAGUUCCGUAUAAGCUGGUGCGUAAGGCAGGUCCUUACUUACUGGGCCCUAAACUCGGCCCAAGCCCUGUGAAGAGUAUAGUCCAGUGUCUGGCCAGGAAAGAAAGAACGGAUGAAUUCUACCAGGUGAAGAUCUUGACAUUAAAAAAUGAUGGUCAACCGGAAACCCAAGAUGAUAGACAAGGCAAGAUGCUGUUGCAUACAGAGUAUUCUCUUUUGUCCCUCUUGAAAGACCAGGAUGGAGUUAUACAUCACCAUGGAUUGUUUAAGGAUCAUGCAUUAGAAGAGGUCCCAAACCCCAAUGGCAGUGGCUUCAUCUAUACGGGACGCGUCCGUCAGCGCCUCUUUCUAGUCCUCGACUGCGUCAGCUCCCACCAGUUCAGCGAGAAGGGAUCAGAGCUUGUUAACUUACAGCAGUAUGUGACUAAAGUGAAGAAGGUUCCGGAGAAAGAGGCGAUACUUAUAUUUUAUGAUAUCGUGAGGGUAGUCGCGAAUCUUCAUAAGAGAAAUAUAGUGCAUAGAGACUUGAAGCUCGGGAACAUCGUGUUAAACCAGCGGACUGGACGCGUCACCAUCACCAACUUCUGUCUCGGCACUCAUCUAGGUAGCGACCGAGAUUUGCUCAAAGAUCAGAGAGGUUCACCAGCCUACAUAUCUCCUGACGUGUUGAUGUGCAAGCCGUACUUGGGCAAGCCCUCAGACAUGUGGGCUCUCGGUGUUGUUCUCUACACCAUGCUGUACGGACAGUUCCCCUUCUGCGACACCAGUCUCGCUCAGCUCUUCAGCAGGAUACAAGCUGCCAACUAUAAUAUACCACCUGAUGGCAAUUCGGUACAGGUGUCAGAUAAUACCGUGUUUCUGAUACAAAGGUUGCUUGUAAAAGACCCUAAGCAUAGACUGGUGGCCGAUGAGGUACUAGACCAGCUGUCCAGUAUAAUAGCAAGCUACGUGACCGUGCCCAAUCCACCUGAAGACCUCCAAGUGGUUCCUGAUAUCCCUCUAGACGAAGAAAAUAAAGAGAAGCCGGCGGCCAGUGGAACGCCGGUGCAAUCUCCAGAAGUCGAUAGAAAACCGUUCUUGCAUAUACCUGAGAGCAAUAGUGAAAGAACUCCUAAUUCUGCGGAGGAAGUAGGCGUAUUCUGCGUUCCCCUACCAGAGUUCAUCGCAUUAAACUUCCCCUCACCGAUGCGGGGCCAACAAAACGGUAUCCUCAUCCAGCCGACACAGUCCGUCGAACCAUCCGCGAUAACCUCACCUAACCAGCAAUCACAACGACAGAUCACCGUCCAAAGAAUCGGGAGGGAUGCUAGACCGCUACAAGCCAGCGAGAUAACCAGGUACCAACAUAUGUUUGCCCCCAGCCAGGCCCACCAAAGGCAGGAGCCACCGCCUCGCAGAUCAGACGUACCCAACUUCGUACCAGACAGGCAGGAACGACCAGAAAACUCCAGGCUUCGGAACCUUGCUCAACGUAUACCAAGGCUUAACCCUAUAGCAACUACUUCAGGGCAAAAUGGAGAUUUCCGAGUCAUACAAUGGUCUGAACAGAGGACUAGAGCAUUUGAUAAUGAUUACGUCCUAAGACUACCAGUUCUAGACUUAUCUAGGGUCAACGGACCUAGGAUUAUGAACCCAGCUCCUGUACAUUCUAUUAACAGUGAGGCUGUUGUUAAUAAUCCUAGACCGGCGUCUCAUGUAGAACACGCUGAUGUGGAUUAGGUCUUGAAUGUACAGUGGACUAUAUCAGUGUAGCUAAGCGAAAAUCGUCUUUAUAUCCUUGAGUUUAAGUAGUCAAAACUGUUGCAACUGAAAUAGUUCUCUGGUACAAUGAGCUCUUCAAACAGGACUACUGCCAUUGUGUAAGCGAGACGCCGUCAGAUUUGUAUUGUUGUCCCGCUUUCACUUUGAAGACACAAUAGUCACAUUUAAGAACUCAUGGUUUUCUGAAUAACGACGAAUUGUGCAAAAUGUUUAAUGUCGAUGGGAAUUUUAAUACGCAUUUCUAGUAUUAGUUUUUAAUGUUUAUACAAUAUCGGUAGGUUGAGAUUUUAGAUUUGAUUACUAAAAUGGGAUUAAAAAUGUUAUAUACCAGAACUGCCGUACUUUAUAUCGAAAAAGAAAAAGAAAAAUGAUGAAAUUGCAUUUAAGUUUUAUACAACGAAUCUUAGAUGAUGAAUAACGAUUUCAUACACACAUACAAAUAUUACCAUUUUAGUAAUUUUAAUUCUAAAGUCUCUUAGUGAACUAGGUUUCCAAAUAUUUUUACGUGUAUAAUGAAUAGUUUUAAAUAGUAACAAAUUGAUCGCGGGAAUUGUCUAUAAUAUAAUUUUAAUGUAAUAUUUUUUAAGUCUGAUCUGUAAAUCCGUACUGUGUUAGGCUCUAAGUACUUUAAAUUCUUGGGUACUUACCACCUCUUUCAAAAGCAAGACUGUGAGGUGUGAGAAUGAGAUGUGGCUAUAUGCUAUAUGCGUUGUCUCGCUUCUACAACUGAAAUAGUUUUACUUAGAAGGAUGGUGGUAAGUUGCCUGAGCGAUAUGCUUGCAAAGAAGGUUAACGUUUUUGAUCCCUGCGUGUAUUUUGACCUCCGCUCCGCGUUUUUAUAAGUUUUGAGCAAAUUAAUGCCUCAUGAUUCAUUAGAGACUUAGGUCGCCAGGCGUCGGAUUCUUGCGUUCUAUAUUCGACGGGCCAGUUGGUCUAGUGGUUAGUGACCCUGACUGCUAUACCGGAGGUCGUGGGUUCGAUUCCCGCCCAGGACAUA